CACAUUUUGAAGUGAUUGUAUUGAGUCUUUUCUUCUGAUGAGAUUAAUGAAACAGCUCAGUUUGCCAGUGACUUCUGUCCUAUCUUGUCUCAAGAUUUGACAAGAUUUUCAAUAUUCUUUUGUACUGGGAAUGAUGCUUGUUCCUAGGUUAUUCCAUUAGAAACCUCUCUUGCAAUUUGAACUUUUUCUGGUAUCAUGGCACUCUUCUGCCAAACUAGCAGUUUGGCAUUACGGACUUCACUGAAGACAUAUCAGAUGUUCUAUCCCAUUCUGCAGCUCCGCCAAUUACCUACUGUUUUUGGGUGCUUAAUUUGUACAACAUCAUCUCAGUCUGCAAAACCCAUGGAUCCCGAAACAAUAUGUAAAGGAACUCCAAAGUUAAAAUCUAGAGAAAAAGAGGACGAUAAAAGGCAGGGCAGAGCUGGAAGAUAUGAUUUCUCUCCCCGCCCUUUCAAUGUGUUUGCUGCUGGAGCUUCCAAAAUGAGAUCAACGACUCAAGACUCUCUUACAGAUAUAAAGAAACCCUGUUCUUCUAAAAAGAUGAUCCUCUGUCCUCCAGAAAAACCUUUGAGUGUGGAGGAGUGGGGAAAGAUGAUAGAAGAAUUUGGAACAGUUAGAAAGUUUGAAGAGCUGAUGUUCAACCAAAUGAUUGCUCACCAGAGUCCCAUAGAUGUGGCUAAAUCCUUGCUUGUUGCCAUUGCUGAUAGACAGGGGGAUAUUGGGUAUGCUCUCUUGGUGAAAUACUUGACUCUGUGUGUUUCUCAGAAGGAGGUGGAAGAGAUAUAUGAUAUCCAUGACAUUAUGAAAACCAGAUAUAAGAUUUUAGAGACAUCAGCUUAUAGUCUUCUGAUCAGAGGUCUGAGUAGUUCUCAACGCUGGAAGGAGGCAUUGUCCCUGCUGGAGGAGAUUAAAAAAGUCAUGACCCCUUCAAAAGGAAACUAUGGGGAUUGCAUCAAGGGGGCCCUUAUUAACCAGGACAUAAAUCUGGCAUGCAAACUGUUUUAUGAGAUGGUAGCAAAGGAUUUGAUACCACACUUAGAUACCAUACAGGCUUUCUUUGACACUGGCAAAAGUGUGAGGGAUGAGCAGUGGAAAACCAAACUCAUUCAUAUCCUCUCCUACUUAAGAGAUAAUCAAGUAUAUCCCGGAGAAGCACUAAUGCAGAGCAUCAACCAGUGGUUUGUAAGUCUUCCUGGAGAGAACUGGAAAGGAAACUUAACUACCAUAAAAAAUAGUGGACAGUGCCCUUCUUGCAAUCAAUACUUGGAAAAUAUUAAUCUGAGCUCUGAAGAAUACAGCAUUCUCAAGGAAAAAAUAAUAAAGGAUGUGAUACAAGGAACAGAUACAUUUAGGAAAACAACCCCACAGGAACUUGAAGAAUUUCAGACCUUUGUGAAUAAGCAUCCUCCUUUCGAUAUUGUGAUAGAUGGACUUAAUGUUGCCAGGAGUUUCCGCAAAUACAAUCCAUCUCAAACUGUAUUCUGGCUGCCACCAGGGAAAUUUAGGCUU